CUAGGGGGUCUGAAGGGGGGUUCGGGGCAGCUCUCCCUGAGAAGGCAGACAACAGAGGACUGCUCCCGAGAUCUCAGGCCCCAGUGUUCCCCAUUCUCCCUUAUCCUGAGGGUCACCCCAUAGUCCCAAUAACCCAAUCCCAGAGCCCCGCCCCUCUCCUAAGGGUCCGCAUCGCAUUCCGAGACACCUCGGCCACAGCCAUCUCGGACCACCUUCUAACUCCUUCGUGAUACUUCGUCAUCCUGGUCUGCAUGACUUUCUGAGAUUCUGAGUUUCAAUCCCCAAUUCCUACGUUUGGAGGAGACCAGACUCUGCUCCGCAGGGAACGUGCAGUGCCCAGUGGCCUGCCACCCCACGUCCAUGACCAAGCCCUGCGAGUGAUCGGCCUGCCCUCAGGUCCACCCCGGGGAACGACCGUCAGGGACCUGUUUAUCUGCACAGCAAGUGUGGUGAAGAUCGCUCUAGGAAAAAGGAAGGAUGCCACUCUUCUUCCGGAAGCGGAAACCCAGUGAGGAGGCUCGGAAACGCCUGGAGUACCAGAUGUGUCUGGCAAAAGAAGCUGGAGCAGAUGACAUUCUUGAUAUCUCUAAAUGUGAGCUCUCCGAGAUUCCAUUUGGGGCUUUUGCAACAUGCAAAGUUCUGCAGAAGAAGGUGUUGAUCGUCCACACGAAUCUGCUCACCUCCCUGCUCCCUAAAUCCUGCAGCCUCCUGAGCCUCACCACCAUCAAGGUUCUGGAUCUUCAUGAUAACCAGCUGACAGCUCUUCCCGAAGACACAGGGCAGCUGACGGCCCUGCAGGUCUUGAACGUGGAAAGGAAUCAACUGACCUAUCUCCCACGUUCCAUUGGGAACCUGAUCCAGCUCCAGACCCUCAAUGUGAAAGACAACAGGCUGAAGGAGCUGCCAGACACGCUGGGAGAGCUCCGGAGCCUGCGCACUCUGGACAUCAGUGAGAAUGAGAUUCAGAGGCUGCCCCGGAUGCUGGCGCACGUCCGAACCCUGGAGACCCUGAGCCUCGACGUGUUGUCCAUGGUCUACCCCCCGCAGGAGGUGUGCAGCACGGGCACUGAGGCCAUUCAGCAGUUCCUCUGCAAAGAGUCAGGGCUGGAGUACUACCCCCCAUCUCAGUACCUGCUGCCAGUCCUGGAGCAGGAUGGAGCUGAGAACUCCCUGGACAGCCCCGAUGGGCCCACGGACAGGCUCUGCAGGGAGGAGGAGGAGUGGCAGAAUAGGUUCUCAGACUAUGAGAAGAGGAAGUUCUUGCAGGAACAGAAGAUGCUGGAGAAACUCGAGUUCGAACGACGCCUGGAGCUCGGGCAGCGAGAGCACGCCCAGCUCCUCCAGCAGAGCAACAGCCAGAAGGAUGAGAUCCUUCAGACGGUCAAAGAGGAGCAGUCCCGGCUGGAGCAGGGCCUGAGUGAGCACCAGCGCUUCCUGGACGCAGAGCGUCGGCGGCUGCAGGAGCAACUGAAGCAGACAGAGCAGAGCAUUUCCAGCCGGAUCCAGAAGCUCCUGCAGGAGAACCAGAGGCAAAAGAAAAGUUCCGAGAUUCUGAAGUCUCUGGAAAACGAAAGAAUAAGAAUGGAACGGUUGAUGUCCAUAACGCAGGAGGAGGCGGAGAGCCUGCGGCGCCGUGAGAUAGCCUCCGCCAUGCAGCAGAUGCUAACUGAAAGCUGUAAGAGCCGGCUCAUCCAGAUGGCCUACGAGUCUCAGAGGCAGAACUUGGUCCAGCAGGCCUGCUCCAGCAUGGCUGACAUGGAGGAGCGGUUCCAGCAGAUUCUUUCCUGGCAACAGAUGGAUCAGAACAAAGCCAUCAGCCAGAUCCUGCAGGAGAGCGCGAUGCAGAAGGCAGCCUUCGAGGCUCUCCAGGUGAAGAAGGACCUGAUGCAUCGGCAGAUCCGAAAGCAGAUUAAGUUAAUAGAAACUGAGUUAUUGCAGCUGACACAGCUGGAGUUAAAGAGGAAAUCCCUGGACACAGAGGCACUGCAGGAGAUGAUCUCGGAGCAACGCUGGGCCCUGAGCUCGCUGCUCCAGCAGCUGCUCAAGGAGAAGACGCAGCGAGAAGAGGAGCUCCGGGAGAUCCUGACGGAGUUAGAAGCCCAAAGUGAAACCAAGCAGGAGAAUUACUGGCUGAUUCAGUAUCAGCGGCUUUUGAACCAGAAACCCUUAUCCUUGAAGCUGCAGGAAGAAGGCCUGGAGCGCCCGCUGGUGGCCCUCCUGGUGGAGCUGUCGGCCGAGCACUACCUGCCCAUCUUCGCCCACCACCGCCUCUCACUGGCCAUGCUGAGCCAAAUGGGCCCUGCGGACCUGGCCAAGGUGGGCGUCUCGGAGGCUGGCCUGCAGCACAAUAUCCUGCGCAGAGCCCAGGAGCUGCUGGAUGCGGCCAGGACCCAACCAGAGCUGCUGAGGCCUCCCGAGGGCAGGAUCUUGCCCACAGCCCCCGAGGAGCUGCCCGAGGCAGUGAGACCCUCGGCUCCCCCGGCAGAGCUGCUGGAGGUGCAGACCUCAGAGUGUGUGGUGUGCCUGGAACGGGAGGCCCAGAUGAUCUUCCUCAACUGCGGCCACGUCUGCUGCUGCCAGCAGUGCUGCCAGCCCCUGCGCAUCUGCCCGCUGUGCCGCCAGGACAUCGCCCAGCGCCUCCGCAUCUACCACAGCAGCUGAGCACCAGCCUCUGCCACCCUCAGGCCCAGGGCUCCGGCUCCCUCCUGUUCCCCGUGGGCUGGCCGGGCAGAGACAGGAGCGUUCCUGCCCAAGGACUGAGCAGUUUAAAUCCUGUAGAGGGGCAGGGGGACCCCUGCAGCAGGACGACAGGGUCUGGGGCGGGAGCAGCAGCAGUCACACCUCUGUCUGAGCAGGACCGAGGGUCCCAGCUGGCUGUGGCAAUCCCAGCCCCUCCCGCAGCCUUAGUGUCCUCCUCGAGGGAACCCAGGCAGUGCUGUCCCACUCAGCAGGGGUGGUGGGAGCGCUGGAGGGCCCUGGCCCAGGGGAGGGGCGGCCACCACGGCCUGUCCUGGGAUCGACUGGCCAGAAGGUGUUCUGUGCAGGCCUGGUGCCCCGAGCGAUGUCAGCCCCUCCUGGCCUCCCUCCCUGCUGCUCCCCACCCACCCCCUGAGCUCUGGGCCCCUCUGCCCUGCAGACCUGCACCUCCUCUCCCCACGCGGCUCAGAGGUAGACCCUGAGCUUCAAAGACCUGAAGCAGGAACAUCAAUAAACUUGUUUCCAGCCUGCUC